UGACGGCUUGCAAAUUCUGACGACACUGACGUCAUCUUUGUUAUAAAAUUAUAAAUGAAUGAGUAAAACAAAUUAAAAAUUGUUAAAUCAAUACAAUAAAAGAACUUUCUCUAAAAAAUAAUAAAAGUAGGUAACAAUGGCUGAUCCAAAAUACGAAAAUCUUCCGGGAAUUGCCUACGAUCAACCUGAUGUUUAUGAAACUGGUGACUUGCCGGAAGCUGACCAGCCUGAGCCAUACGAAGACGAAGAAAACGAAUGCAUCGAACAACUGCACCUUUCUGUUAAAGAUUCUUUCAACAAGUUCAGAGGAAAAUUUCUGACAGGGAAUGUUGAUUUCUCUGAUCGUUUGAGUAGAAAAUCAAGAAUUGGUUAUAGAUCUGGUGAAUGGGAGUUGGCUGCGGAGGGCGAACCAGAGACUCCUCUAGAGAGGUACAACCGCUUGAGAUGUGAGUUCUCGGAGCUGCUCGAGCAAGUAACGGAACAACAGAACAGGGCUACUGAGAGUGAGAAGGACGAGCAUUCUAAAUUAGCUGCACAAAUAAUUACUACAAAGAAACUCUUGGAGGAGCUUAAAUUGGAAGAGGGAGAUCAAGUUGAUCCUAAGGCUGAGAAAUUAAAGGAGUAUUUAUCAGUGAAUGGUAAGAAGAAGCAAGGUGAGCUGGUGACAGCGCAUCUGAAGCUGAAGCCUGAGGUCAACUUGGCUCAGACUGCGAGGAUCGCUCAGUUGGAACACAGGUUACAUAAAUUGGAACAAGCGGCUGGCGUGAGAGACGAAGAAGCAUUCAGAAGAUUGCAGACAGCCACUGGAGAGGCGUCGCUCUGCGGUGCGGCCGCAGCUCUAGCGAGCCAAGCGGCGUUGUUACGGCCGGCUGAUGUAGCGGCCGCUGAGACACGUGUAGCUGCGUUGUUGAAUAGUGUCGAUGCUUUGAAGGCUGCUCGACCCGCUGAGCUCGAGGCUAAGGUGACUGAAUUGCACAAUCUGUUGAAACAAAUUGACGGCAUUUCUCAUUCCGAAAUACUCGAACGGAUGGAGGCGCUGGAAGCUCUUCACAAUCAAGCCAGCAACUUCGGCAAGUCGCUCACGGAACUAGAAACAUUGCAAAGCACAAUCGCUAAUGGCGUUCAAAAUAACAAACAAUUACUUCAAGGUGUGCAAGAAGUGUUCGCUCACAACAUCGACAGCUUACAGAAAGAAAUAAAAAAGUUAGACGAAAGAAUCGGGAAACUCAGCAUCGCGUGAUAGAACAGAUUAAAAAUAUCUAACCCAGUUUAUUUAUUAUCUGUAUCUCGGUUGUCAAUGUCACUUUAAAAUGGCGGCUUAAUUGUAUUACCAUUAGAUAAAAAUUAAUAUAACCCUUGUCGUCUAAAGUAAUUGAAAAUGGACCAUGAUUUAAAGGGCAAUGAAUAUUAUGAAUGACUUAGAGCUAGCGCGCAAGAGCAACUUUUGUCUCCGCAACUAUUUUGUCUCUCCCUUCAACUCUAUAGGAAGUUGCGUCGCU